CAUACGAAGAAAGCAUGGCGAUGCCGGGUAUAUAACGACUGACUAAGCGCUUAUAGGUACAGUAUCUUCUGUAUUACAACAGAGAUUCAUCAUUAUGAAGACUUCAAUUGUGCUCGCUGGCCUCGCCGUUUUCUUUGUUGCGGUUGAAGCAUCUUUAUCAAUUCCACCUUUUUCUCCUUGUCACCCCAACCCCUGCGGUGCCUACGCCACUUGCAGAGUCAAAUCUUGGUUCCGCCAUGAAUGUACUUGUAACAGCGGCUACGUCGGUGACGGCCAAGUCUGUGUUCGCCCCCCCACCUGCAGACGUGGUUACCAAUGGACCCAAUUUUACAACCGAGAUCGACCAAGCGGUCACUGCGAUUGUGAAAAUUUCUCCCUCUUGAAAGCCCAAUACCCAGAAAUUUGCGAUAACCGUCAUAGCGUAGAUGUUGUAGACGCUACAACCGGUCUCGAUUAUCGUGUAUACGGACAAGUAGUCAACAUCAACACUCCAGCGGAAAAGGGCUUCUCCUGCUUCAACGCAGCCCAACCAAACAAUCAGAGAUGCCGAAACUACAAGAUCAGAUUCUGUUGUCCAAAUGAUCCUUGCAACCCUAGCCCAUGCGGAGCUUAUGCAACUUGCAGCAAUGUUCACUACAGACCUGUCUGCACUUGCAAUGCAGGUUACACUGGAAACCCACAAACUGGGUGCACUGCUAUCGAUCCUUGCAACCCUAGCCCAUGCGGAGCUCAUGCAACUUGUAGCAGCGUUCACUACAGACCUGUCUGUACUUGCGAAGCUGGUUACACUGGAAACCCACAAACUGGGUGCACUGACGUAAACGAAUGUUUGAGACCAAACGUAUGUGGUUCUGCUAGCAACAACAAGCGAUGUGUGAAUACAGCUGGAAGCUUCAGAUGUGUCUGCAAGAACGGAUACAGGGCACAAGGAAGCAGAUGCGUUGAUAUAAACGAAUGCUUGAGACCAAACAUCUGCGGUAUCAACAGCAACAAACGAUGUGUUAAUAGACCAGGAGGUUACAGGUGUGUCUGCAAGCCUGGAUACAGAGCACAAGGAAGCAGAUGCGUUGACAUUAAUGAAUGUUUGAGACCAAACGUAUGUGGUCCUGCUAGCCACAACAAGCGAUGUGUGAAUACACCGGGAAGCUUCAGAUGUGUCUGCAGGAACGGGUACAGAGCACAAGGAAGCAGAUGCGUUGAUAUCAAUGAAUGCAGAAGCUCCCCUUGUGGUAAUAAUGCACGAUGCAUCAACACCCCAGGAAGCUUCACAUGCAGAUGCAACACUGGUUACACUGGAAACGGUCGUAUUUGCCGAGACAUUAAUGAAUGUGAAGCCCACCCUAAUCCAUGUGGAGAAAAUGCAUUGUGUAUUAACGGACUAGGCAGUUAUCGUUGUAUUUGUGCUCGAGGAUUUUCAGGACCUCUUUGCACAGAUGUUAAUGAAUGUGCAGCUAUAAGACCCCCAUGCAGUCCUAAUGCUGACUGCACCAACACCCCAGGUAGUUUCACAUGCCAAUGCAAAUCGGGCUACACUGGAAAUGGUUUAGUUUGCCGGGACAUUAAUGAAUGUUUGAGACCAAACGUAUGUGGUCCUGCUAGCCACAACAAGCGAUGUGUGAAUACAGCUGGAAGCUUCAGAUGUGUCUGCAGGAACGGGUACAGAGCACAAGGAAGCAGAUGCGUUGAUAUCAAUGAAUGCAGAAGCUCCCCUUGUGGUAAUAAUGCACGAUGCAUCAACACCCCAGGAAGCUUCACAUGCAGAUGCAACACUGGUUACACUGGAAAUGGUCUUAUUUGCCGAGACAUUAAUGAAUGUGAGGCCCACCCUAAUCCAUGUGGAGAAAAUGCAUUGUGUAUUAACGGACUAGGCAGUUAUCGUUGUAUUUGUGCUCGAGGAUUUUCAGGACCUCUUUGCACAGAUUUUAAUGAAUGUGCAGCUAUAAGACCCCCAUGCAGUCCUAAUGCUGACUGCACCAACACCCCAGGUAGUUUCACAUGCCAAUGCAAACCGGGCUACACUGGAAAUGGUUUAGUUUGCCGGGAUAUUAAUGAAUGUUCGCGACCAAAUGCCUGUCCCCACAACCAGCGAUGCGUCAAUACACCAGGAGGCUUCAACUGUGUGUGUGCAAUUGGCUACAGAAAAGUCAGAGGCAAUUGUGUUGACAUCAAUGAAUGCCGUGCCUCAAGACGUCCAUGUGACCUAAACGCUUCAUGCCAAAACACCCCUGGAAGCUUCACAUGCACCUGUAAUACUGGUUACACUGGUAACGGUUUGACUUGUGCUGAUAUUAAUGAAUGCAACAACCCACGUGCUUGCCACCCUCAGGCCACUUGUGCCAACACACCAGGUAGCUACACCUGCAAUUGCAAUCGGGGCUAUACUGGAAAUGGAAGAGUAUGUUUACCUGUGAACCCAUGCAGCCCAAGUCCAUGCGGAUCAAAUGCAAUUUGCCGAGCCGUGAAUUAUCGCCCAGUAUGCACAUGCAAACCUGGCUUCACUGGUAAUCCGCUUGUUGGCUGCACAGCUAUUAAUCCAUGCCGACCUAAUCCAUGUGGCGCAAAUGCUGUUUGCCGAAGUGUGAAUUACCGACCAGUAUGUACCUGCAGACCUGGUUACACUGGCAACCCAUUGACUGGCUGUGAAGAUAUCAAUGAAUGCCAUGCAUCACAAAGCCCAUGCCACAGUGCGGCUACUUGCACCAACACCAUAGGAAGUUACACUUGUGAUUGUAACACUGGUUAUAGUGGAAAUGGAUUCAGAUGCUUCAACAUCAACGAAUGUGCUCGUCACCCUGCCCCCUGCCAUAGCCACGCCAUCUGCACAGACACAGCUGGAAGUUUCAACUGUAGAUGUGAAGAGGGUUACAGUGGAGAUGGAUUUACCUGUGUCCGCGAUCGUGUAACAUGCCCACAACCAUCGCUUGCCCCUCCCCUUAUUGUACUUUCUGCACAACGUGAUUAUUUCCCCGGCCAUGUUUUGAGUAUUGGCUGCCCACCAAACUACACUAUUGUUCACCCGCCAAAUAACCCAUACCGAUGUAAUGCUGGGGGUAACUGGGUUGGCAGACUUCCAACUUGCCAGGACACGCCCGCCCACCCAUCUUGUCGUGGAUAUUGUAACCGCAAUGUGCCUUCACAUUACGACUGCGAGUGUAGAUCAAGCUGUUACCGAUACCACAACUGUUGCCAUGACUACCGUGACAUUUGCACUUAAAGAGACACUACAGAAUGGAUUGGUGUUGUGAUUCGUAGUUGUAGUGAUUGUAUUCCAAAUAAAAUAUAACCAUGCAUACAUAAAA